UCCAAUCCAAACAGUCAAUACAGACCAAACUAUUUCAAAAUGUUCAAGUUGGUGGUAUUGUCUGCUCUCCUCGCCGUAGCUGCAGCCCGUCCCGGUCACCUGCUGGAGUCCUCCCCCGUGGUCUAUUCCUCGUCGCUAGCCAAGAUCGGAGCCGUCGUGAAGAGCGUGCCCACCGCCGUCUCCCACCAGAGCCUCACCCAGGUGCACAGCACCCCGGUGGUGGAGGAUGUGGUUGCCCCAGUCGUGCGGACGACCGCCGUCCACUCCGCUCCCCUUGUGGCUGCCUACCCCGUGGUGCACGCCGCUCCCCUGGUGCACGCCGCCCCCCUCAUCCACUCCGCCCCUCUGGUGCACGCCUCCCCGGCCCUGCACACCACCUCCACCUACCACGGCGGAUACGGCAGCUAUGGCGGAUACGGCAGCUACGGCAGUCUGGGAUACGCUGGCCUCGGACACGGAUACCUGCACUAAGGAGUCGACACAUCUCACAUCCACGACGACUCUGCGUUGACGACCCUCAUCAUCCGUGCACCCAUCCAUAUCCAUCGAGAGAUUCUGAAGGCGGGACAUUCGCAUUUUGCUGCCGUCAAAGUGUGGAUUUGCAUUUCGUAGAACAACAAGCUCCGAAUCGAAUCCGAAUUGUGUACAAAUUUCUUAGCACCGCCCCCUUUGAACCGCCCACAAAACUCCGAGCCCAGAGACAGAGACAUCUAGAGACCUAAGGGAGCAGGCACCGAGCGAGAGAAAGAGAAGGAGAGAUCAAGUUUCAAUGAUUUUGCUAUUUUCUGUGCAAGUUUCACUGCACUCAAGGCUUCGACACUUUUUUUUUUUGAAUAAACGAUAAACAAAACACUUAA